AUGUCUAGCGUAUGUUGCGAACUUUACUUGAACCGAAAAGAACUAGCCCCAGAGCUCGAGGGGCUCUCCCGGGCUGCGCCCAGCAAAGACAAGCACUGUGCUGAGGAACUAUGGGACCUUGAGGAAGUCAUUGGCCGAGUCCGCGCUUCACAGGCCGGCACGCAGCUCCGCGGCAGCGCCCAGGAGAGGACGUGGGGGCUCCAACCACUUCCUGCCGCCGCCCCGGACGCGUCGUCGUUAGUCGCCCAGCCGCGGGCCUCAGGGAGGCCGCAGAGACAGAAACACGGAAGGGCGCUACUGCGCGGACCCAACACGCACGACACACGCUCGGGGACCCCCAAGCGGACGCCGAACGCAAAGGACUCGCUGGAGGAAGGCGGAAAACUAACCCCCACAGCGGCGGGUAAAACGCUUACCCAAGUCCAGCUCCGCCUCCGCCUCCGCCUCCGCCUCCGGGCGUCGCCGUGCCACCGCCCCGCCCCGCCGCGGAGGCUCACGGGACGCGUAGUACGCCGCGCCCCCCUCCUCCUCACCCCCACCCCCCACCCCACCCCCCCCUUUCCCUCAAAGCCCCGGCUUCGGGAACGCCCUCUCGGCUCCCUUCGGACCGACUUCCGGUCCGCUCGCGCGGUCUCGGCGCCCAGCCGAAGGAUAGAGGGAGCCCCACUUCCGGCCGUUCGCUGCUCCUCCGCCCUUGCGGCGCCCCUCGACCACGCUUCCCCUCCGCGGAACGCGACGCGGCUGUCAGCCGAAGCGGAAGCUGAGGAGGCGGGCGCCGGAGCGCCCGGGUGGCGCGCGCGUGUUGCUGGGUAA